AGAGGAGUGUGAUUUUAUGGGAAUCGUCUGCGAGGCUCUUAGAGGGGACAUCUACGUCUUGAGAUCGGAUGAUUCGAUGACGUCCGCGACGAGCAGCGUGGAAAUAUUUUCUUCGUUUUCCAUAUGAGCCUUUAUUUUUACAGCUCGAUUGCAGCCGAUAGUCAAAGGUUCGACGCGACAUCAACCUCUCUCUCUCCUCCCUUCUUCCCAACCCCCCUGUCGAUCGAGAUCCGUAUUCGCGAGCCACAGUGGAGACGUCAACGUCGUCUUCGACGUCAACGUCAACGUCGCCAUCGGACAACGAACGCGGAGGACGACGCGGCAGCAUGGCCGAUUACGAGCGCAUCAGGCUGGUCGUGCUGGGCGGGGCCAGCGUCGGCAAGACCGCCAUAAUUCGCCGCCUGCUGGGCCAGGGCUUCAGCGACAAGUACAGGCCCACCGUGGACGAUCUGUACUCGAGGGAGUGCAUACUGGGCACUCUCACCCUCAAGGUCGACCUGCUCGACACGGCUGGUGAUCAGCAGUUCCCGGCGAUGAGGCGACUGAGCAUCGCCACGGCUCAUGCUUUUCUGCUGGUUUACUCGACGUGCUCGUUGGCCAGUUUCGAAUGCGUCAAACGCUUCUUCGAAGAAGUUCGAGAACAGAGGCCGGACUUUCAGGAAGUGCCGAUCGUCAUAGCCGGCAACAAAUUCGACCUGUCCAUAGCCCACCGUGAGGUGCCGAUCGAGGACGUGAGCGAGUGGCUCUACUGCGAGCUGCCCAAGCUCAGGGCCAAAGUGAUCGAGUGCUCGGCCAAGGACGAUUACAACAUCAAGGAGGUGUUUCGCUGUUUCGUCACGCUGUCGCGAAUAGUGCCAAAGAAUCCGACCGGCGAGGCCGACGAGUCCAGCCUGAGGAGACGCUGCUCGGCUUACGGCUCGAGAAGCUUGUUAAGAUCAGAUAAAAGGUGGAGACUCACGACGAGACCGAGCAGUCCCGGGCGCUCCGGCAGCAGUCCCGGCAGUCCCAAGCAGGUGAUGGCGGCCCAGGGCUCGAGCUUCGUCGCCGUCGCCGAGGAGGUCAAGAGCAAGCCGCGCAGCCGCAGCCUUAUCAGGCGGGCCUCGCGCAAGACCAAGCAGCAGAUUCGCGACUCCCACGCCGAGGACUGCAACAUUUCGUAAUUAUUAUUGUUGACAUUAUUAUUACGAGCAUCAAAGAAGAAGAAGAAGAAGAAAAAACACGUCCUGCCGAGAUAAUCGUAAUGACUGCGCUACGACUACGGCGGAGCUUUUCGUUGACACAAGUAUAUGAAAAUGACGCAUUACAUAAAAUGACAUAUUAUAUAUUUUAUCGCAGCAGCAGCAGCAGUGCUACACAGAGAGUGGAUGUGAAAUGUAAUUUUUAAACUACAGUGAUAUUGAAAAUCUCGAAAUUAUACGAAAUAACUGCAGCAGAGAGUUUGUUGCUUGAAUAAUAUCGUUUGUUACAUCAAAUACAUACUCAACUCGAUUACGAAAUAUAUGAUGAAAUAUUUGUUACAAUGUAUAUCGUACGCACACGCACGCACACACCAAACAAGGUAAAUCAAAUCGUUGCGUAUAUUACGAUAUAAACUCGCGCGCAUGAGCUCGCGAUUGUUUCGGAGCGGACGAAUUAUCCGCCGUUUGUAAAUAUUAUACAGCCGCGAUCGUGUGUCCGUGAACAGGCGCGUUCGAACGAUCUCCGCGUGCAAGCUGCUAUACCAUAUAUAGGGUAAUGAGCGCGCGACUCUCGCAUUUAACAUUUAUAUUCGCCACAUUGAGAAGUCAGUUUGUGGAAAAUAAAUGCCACAUCAACAUAAAUACAGCGGCGAUGGCAGCAGCAGCAGCAGUUGCAGUAAUCGCGUUUCCUUCAACCGCGCACAAACGUGUUUCUUUUUCCAAAACUCAUUUUAUACAUAAAGCGCCCUCCACCUCCUUACCUGCCCCCCCUCCCUCUGCCUCUUUUCUUUCUCCGCGGGGCCGCACACGCUCUAUGUAUGGCACUGCUUUCGUGCAAGGAGAGCAGAACUUGACACAAACAGUUGUAAAUAGUUGGUAGUUGGGGCAAGAAAUUUAAAUGAAACUUUCUCUCGCGCUGUACUGCUAAAAAUUCAGAGAUAUACACGCACGCAGAGCUGAUUUUCAACGAGGCAUCUUAUAUAUUUUCGCGCAAGAAACAGAAAAAUAAGUAUCAUUCUUUUUUUCGAUGACGCGCGCGCGGGAGACGCCGAACUUGUAUAUUUCUUGCAUUCAUCCGCUUACGGAUGGUGGAGUUCGACGAAACGUGGAACAAAUAUUAAG